AGAAGGAGAGCGGCCGGAGGAGGGUGUGUUUUUCUAUCACUGCAGCAUCAGCAGAGAGAAGAGGGACGCAAUCAAUUUCAUAGAGAGAAGAGAAGAAAAGGCACAAGUAGAUCAGGCAGAGGGAGGAAAGAGGAGCCGCGACAGGAGAGAAGAGACCAGCGGGAGGGCGUGGACCUGAUUUAUAGAAAAGCUCAACGAGGAGUGAGGUAGAAAGGAGGGAGAAGAAAAGAGGGACGUACGAGGCGACGCUGAGGCCUCCUUCAAACGAAACAAAGCCUCACACACGAGUGUGUAGCUGACCUCUGUUUGCGUUUUACUGCACUUGCGUGAGCAGGUGGGAAUUUUAUGGGACAGUGAGCAAUGCCUCACAUGCAGCAACAGCAGGUUGGCAGUAGGGGGCGGUGCUCCCUUCCCCUCCUCCUUCUCCUCCUCCUCCUCUCCUUUGCUGCCCGGCCCAGCCAAGCAGCCAUACACAUACCCUCCAACUACCAAAUAAGUGAUCUCAAGAGGCCUCCAAUGAUCAUCACACAGCCGGAGUCUGUCACCGUCUUCAGCAUUGAAGACUUCGUCAUGAGCUGUGAAGCCGCUGGCAACCCUUUACCCAUUUUCCGAUGGACAAAGGAUGGAGGGGAGUUUGACCCGGGCACUGACCCCGAACUGAAGGUUUUGGAGCGCCCCGGCUCAUUUGCGUUCUUCUCGCUCGGUAACAACAUGGACAGCUUGAAGCAGUACCAGGCCAAAUACGUGUGCUUCGCAUCCAACGAACUGGGGACAGCCGUCUCUAACGAGGCCAAACUCAACACCGACGUUCUCCCCUCCCAGCAGAAAGAAAAGAAGGGUAAUGAGAAGUCUGAAGAGGGAAACAGUAUUAUUCUCAAGUGUAACCCUCCGCAGAGCUCGAUGGAGCCCAACAUUCACUGGAUGGACUGGAGACUACACCAUAUCCAGCUCAGUGAGCGAGUGGUCGUGGGGAAGGAUGGCAACCUUUACUUUGCUCAUUUGACACCCGAGGACAGCAGGAACGACUACACGUGCAAUGUCCAAUACCUGGCGACACGCACCAUUCUGGCAAAGGAACCCAUCACUCUGAGUGUAAUCCCAUCCAACUCUGUACUGCGGAACCGGAGGCCCCACAUGAUGAGACCUACUGGAAGCCACAGCACUUACCAUUUCCUCAGGGGCCAGACCGUGGAGCUCGAGUGCAUCGUCCAAGGCCUUCCAACUCCCAAAGUUUCAUGGGUGAGGAGAGACGGCGAGAUGUCUGAGUCUCGGGUGGUCAAAGAGAUGUUCAAUCGCCGCCUGCGCUUCAGUAACAUCUCAGAAAGCGACGGCGGCGAGUACCAGUGUUUGGCUGAGAACUCCCAAGGGAAGGCCACACACACUUACACUGUCAAUGUGGAAGCGGCUCCCUAUUGGAUCAAAGAGCCACCCAGUCAGUUAUACGCCCCAGGUGAGACUGUCAAGCUACACUGCCACGCUGACGGCAUCCCCAGUCCUACCAUCAGUUGGACCAUCAACGGGAUCCCCCUCUCAGCAACCGACAAGGACUCCAGACGUUCUCUGACAACGAGCGGGGCUCUAAUACUAAAGGAUGUCGACCUGGGAGACACUGCCAUCUAUCAGUGCCAGGCCUCCAACAAGCAUGGGACCAUCAUCACCAACACCAACGUCUAUGUCAUUGAGCUGCCUCCCCAGAUCCUGACUGAGGAUGGGAUUACAAACACGUUUACAGAGGGCCAGAAAGCUGUAUUGGAGUGUGAGACCUUUGGCUCUCCUAAACCUGAAGUCACAUGGGAGAGCGGCAGCACCACCUCCCUUCUGGCAGAUACCAGAGUGAAUCAGCUCAUCAACGGGGUGCUGGAGAUCUCCAAUGUCACCCAUGACGAUGAGGGCUUCUACACGUGCUCAGUAGAGAACACCAACUUGUCUGUCAGCACCGAGCUGGAAGUCCUCAACAGGACAGUGAUCCUGUCGCCUCCACAGGAUCUGAAGGUGCAGCGUGGAAACACGACAAUCUUCACUUGUCGGUCCCUGGUUGACCGCAAACUUGGCUCUCCGCUCAUUCAGUGGAGAAAAAACAAUCAAAAGAUCGCUGAGUCCCACGCUGACGGAAAGUACACAAUUGAUGGACCAGACCUGAAAAUAGCUAACGUGGAAACAGAUGAUGAGGGCGUGUACACCUGUCAGGUCAUUACUAAGUACGACAUGGCUGAAGCCAGUGGCUCUCUCACUUUAUGGGACCGUCCAGACCCUCCGGUCCUCCUCCAGAUCACUAACCCCAAACAUCGUGCAGUCACCCUUAGCUGGACUCCCGGAGACGACCACAACAGCGCUGUGCUAGAGUAUGUGGUUGAGUUUGAGGACCAGGGUUGGAAUGAGAGGGGAUGGGAAGAGCUGACGAGAGUAGCAGGAAACAAGAAGCGUGCUGUCCUCCCUCUGUGGCCUUACAUGUCUUACCGUUUCCGGGUCAUUGCCAUCAAUUAUGUGGGGAAGAGCGUCCCCAGCAAGCCAUCCGAAAUCCACAAUACACCUGCUGAUGCUCCGGACAAUAACCCUGAAGAUGUGCGGAGCGAGUCCAAAGCGCCAGAGACCCUGUUCAUCACCUGGGAGGAAAUGGACCGACGUGACUUCAAUGGACCUGACUUUAAGUAUUUAGUCCUGUGGAGGCGAGUUGUGGGCAGCGGACCCAAGUGGAACACCAACUACACGAAAGCACCGCCGUUCACGGUCUAUGACAUUGGUAACUUUUCUGCCUUUGAGAUCAAAGUUCAGGCUGUCAACGAGAAAGGGGAGGGACCCGAGGCAGACCCCGUCAUCGGUUACUCAGGAGAAGAUGUUCCAUUGGAGGCUCCAAUGAAUGUGGUUGUUACCUUAAUGAACAGCACAACCAUCAUAGUGAGCUGGGCAGCUGUGGACAAAGAGACGGUCAGAGGACACCUGCUGGGAUACAAGGUCUACUUGACCAGAACCGGCACCAGGAGCCACCACAGGGGCCGAAGGUCCAGGGAGCCAGAGAGCACUCAGGUGUUGGAGACAGGGGCAAACGAGGAGCAGAAGUUGAUCAGUAACCUCAGACCAUACUCCCACUAUGCCCUGGUCGCCACCGUGUUCAACAGCAAGGGAGAGGGACCGCCGUGUGAGACUUUGUCCUUUAAGACUGACGAAGGAGUUCCUGGUCAUCCCACGUCCCUGAUGCUGGACAGCCCGUCAGAGACAGAAAUGACCCUCCACUGGGCGCCACCUGCCGAGCCCAAUGGAGUCCUCGUUGGAUAUCUGCUGCAGUACCAGCAGAUUGUGGAGAGUGACGACAGCCCCAUGCAGGUAGAGACAAUAGACGGCACCGCGGUCACCCACCUCACCAUGAGAGGCCUGGACCCCCACAGCCACUACCGCUUCUUCCUGAGGGGGCGCACUGCCGCGGGGGAUGGAGAGCCUAUCAUGAGGGAGGGGGCCACCACGCUGGACGGAGCGCCUCCUGCCAAUAUCGAACUGUCCCCCGGCGAAAACUUUGUUAACCUCAGCUGGGUGGCCAAGAAGAGACACAGGAACGUGGGCUUCCAGAUAUACUACCUCAAGAAAAAUGAGGUCGUGGAGAAGACAGCAAAGGUGAACUCCUCCCAGUCCUUCUACCAGCUCCAGGGCCUGACUCCUGGCUCUAAUUAUCAUCUACGCUUCACCUACAGCAACAGCACUUUCUUGGAGAAGGAUAUCAAGACAGACGGAACCGGAGUAACAGAGAUGCAGCCCAGUUUUGCAACGCAAGGCUGGUUCAUCGGUGUUGUGAGUGCCGUCGUGCUGCUGCUGCUGAUACUGCUUAUCCUCUGCUUCAUCAAGAGGAGUAAAGGGGGGAAGUAUUCAGUGAAAGAUAAAGAGGAGGGUCCGAUGGACUCAGAAGCACGGCCGAUGAAGGAUGAGACUUUUGGAGAGUAUAGAUCCCUCGAAAGCGACCUCGAGGGGAAGCGCACGGCCAGCCAGCCGUCCCUGGGUGAGGACAGCAAGCUGUGCAGCGAGGACAACCUGGACUUCAACGGCAGCAGCGCCGUGACCACCGAGCUCAACAUGGACGAGUCUCUGGUCAGCCAGUUCAGUCGGCCCAGCGAGGGUCCAGAGGCGCCAGACAACUCCCCGCUCGGCCCCACCGCCGUCUCCUCGGCCACCAACGGCGUGCCCAACUCAGUCGCCAUACUCGAUUAACCCCAAACUUCCACCGGGGGGGCCAUUAGACCAAAACAUGUCAACACGUAUGUGCCCAUGCAUUCCUGUUCCCUACCGACUUGCUGAUCUGUAGUGUAAUGACUAAUAUACAAUCAAUGUAUUGACUAUUCAGAUGCCCCUGGCAGUCAUCUGAUCGACCGGACUGUUUUUGACCAAAGGAGUGUCCAAAGUAGUGGACAAUGUAACACGAGUUUGACUGACCUGAAGAUGUCUUUUUGACGCCCCCCUCACCCUCCUUUUACCUGUGUAGUUUACAACGUAUCUUAAUGGCUAACACUCAUUUCCCUCCCUUUCUUCUCUUUCUUUCUCCUCACAAACAACUCAAUAGAAAGAUAAAGACAGAAUGUGCAGAAGGUGCUGUGGAGAUGCAGAGCAGUGGUUUGGAAGAGGGGGUUGGUGGUAGAAACCUAGCAGGGGGAAGCAGGCAGCACAUGCUGCUGUAAAAGCUCUUAGAUAUUUAUCACGCCUUAUUUGAUUUCACAUAUUUCUACGUCUAAUGCCAUUUGAUGUCUCAGAUUGUACUCGUCAGUGACAUUUUAUUUGUGUGUUUGAAUACAAAACAUCCUUUUUUUAAUCACCAUUUUUAAUUUAUAUCAUCACUUUUUAAUAUUUUUUUUACGCUAUUUAUAUAAAACAUAUUUCACAGAUGAUGUUUUCAUUGAAACUAAGUAAAGCCAAGUUUCUUAUACUAUAAAUAACAUUGGAUGCAUUAUGGGAACUUGCUGUGAACAUGCUGAGUAGCAUCUGGUGUAUAUCGCUGCAUCUACAUCUAUCUAUUUAGCCAUAAUACAGUAUUAUAGAUAUGUACAUGCUCCUUAUAAGUUCCUGUGCCUGCUGGGUCUGCAUAGAGCACCAGAUUGAUGUCAUUACUCUCUCGCCUUCCCACCAGAAGUGUGAUGUCAUUAUUGGAAAUGAUAUUGUAAUUUUUUGUGUCGAGACCUUUGUGUAGCUUUCUGUAUCUGUCAUAGUCUCUUUCUACACUGUAUUAAAAACAUAGUUGUCUCUAAUUAACAAUCUUUCCACACCUGUCCAUCUCAUAUUCACUAACAGUUUGAGGAGCAGUAUCGAUGUAUAUUUACAGAUCGGAGAGUGGAGUCUUGUGGGCAAACACUCUCAUGCUUUAUUUUCAGACCCUUAUCAAUACAAGUUAAUAGUGCAGACAGGCAGAAUGAUUGCCAGUUGAUGUAUAAUAAAAGCAAGCAGUUGGUAUUUACAUCAAACACAGAGAAUGUAUUCAUUUCCGUGCUGGGUUGACAUUGUAUUUACAUGCUACUGAUUAAAAAAAAAUCUGAGAUACAA